UAUGUGCUUCUGGACGUAAUAUGUGCAUAUAUACAAGUCAGUACUAUUGACGUCGUCAAAUACUGCUUGCAAAGCUCUCAUAUGCUCCAUCAACAUAUGUAUCUGUUGGAUAGAACCAUCUAAUAUUGUGGUACCGUCACCAUCGUCUGGCGGCCAUGCAGAUAUAAUCCAAAAGCUGGAUGCCAUUGAGAUUCGUCUCGCUGCAAUUUAAAAGUCCCUAACAAACAAAAUUUCAGAAAAGGCCGAGAUGCAGACGCAGAGUAAAUAAUUGCGCGCAUGCCGCGUCAUAGCGGCAAAGACAAACCUUUCAAUUAGCCGCAUCACCGGUGACUUGGAGGACGAGCAUUACGUGGAGCUCGCGUCGAAAUUGCCCAUGUCAUCGGAGGAGCACGUGCGCUUCGUGGAAGACCAACUUUCACAAAAGGAAAGUACGGAUGCUAUCAUGCGGAUAAUAUUGAAGUCAAAGGGCGCAAAAGGCAGUGUUGACGGCGUACUGCGUGGUAUGAUUUCUGACGAUUUAAUGUACCACUACAAUUUAGAGGGGCGCAUGGAGAAGGAAUCCCUACUAAAGCUAAAGUGCGUAGGGUUAGUUUUUGAUAUAUUUCCUGACAAGGAUAAAAAACACUAUCUGUGGGGAGCUACGGAGAUUUGUGGCCCUAAGCCACAAUCGUUUUAAGCAAAAAACGCAUAAACUUAAGGCAAAAUCAAUAUAAGUUUUC